AUGUCUGAGUCUGUCCUCGUCUGCUCCACCAUCUACCCGGUUCGCUGGCACCUCAUCCGGUUCUUUCUCGUCAUCGCAACCAUGAAGGCAAAGACCGCGGGCAGACCUGCCCCGACGGGUCCCUUUGGGGACGAGUUCCGCACCAGCAAGAGGGACAAGCGGCAGAUCAGGCACGCGACCCUCAUGUCGAAGAUCGCAAAGAAUGCCAGCAGAACCCCGAAGCGCCGUCGGGCCUCGAAGAAACUGGUCGCCAACCUCGAAUCGCUCGCCGAUGCCCUCCCAGAUGCCGCCGACGAGUCGCACAAUGCCGCCAGUCAAGUCAAUGUCAUCAAGCAGAAGACCCUGCGUCACAAACCGGGCGCCAUGAAGCGUCGUGAGAAGUUGGAGAAGGUCGAGCGCGAUCGAUUCACGAGAAAUAUGGCACAGAUGUCAAGUCUGCAACCCCAAGCUGCGUCGACGAGUGAAACCAACCCGGACGCCAAUUCCAACCCCACGGCCAGCCGAUGGUCGGCACUGCGGAAUUUUAUCUCGCAGACAAUGGAACAACAGCCUGUCUUCAAGGCGAACCCAUGA